UUGAAGGUUUGAGUCGUCAUUUUUGGUGUCAAUACAUUGACGACUUUAUAGAGUCGUUGGGGUAUACAUCCCUCGACAUUGACGAUUCUUUCUCUGUGUUGUGACAUAUAUCCAAUCCAUGGGAGAAUUUAAGAUAAUCUUACCACCAAGACGAUCAUCUUUGUUGCUUGAACCUUCCCCAACAUCAUUUCCCCUACUUGAAUUACUCAUUUCUAAAAACCCUAAUUUUUCCUCUAAAACCUCCUCUUCUUCUUCUCAACUCCCAAAAAAAAAGGGCUUUUUUGAUAAAGUACCCCUGCUUUUCACAUUACACUAAAAAAGUGCCCCCGUUUUUAAAAAAUUGUUAAAAUGCCCUUCCCUUGAUCGUUUUAUUCAAAAAACGGUAAACAGCAGUUAACGGACGUUAACGCUUAUGUGGCAGCUUCAAAAAGUCUGAAAAGCCUUUCCUAUGACUGAGUAGAGCUGAAUCCACUUGAAUCACCGAUUUGAACCAAGGCCAUGUAGUGCAUAACUUCCUAGCUGAGCACAUUCCUUGUACACACAUUCAAUCAUCACCACCAAACGGCAACCAACACAAAUUGCACAGUCCUGCCAGUAACGAUAAAAAGACUGUUGCGUCAAAGAUCUGCUUAAAUCUAUUGAUCCAAUUCAGCUUCAUUGUUGUAGCAUUAAGCUUACCAAGCGAUGGCUUAAGCAAAAAAAGAUAAACCAACAUUACUCUGAAUUAACAAAGCAUGACACUGCAAUCACAUAGAUAUACGAGUUCCGUGAUCCUAACAUACAUAUAAGAUCAUUAUGUAGCUUCAAUCAUCCCUCGUUUCAGUUCCCUACAACCACCAACAAAUCAAUUACAAGACCAGCAGCUCAACCUCCAUUUGCAGCAACAAAACAUUCAUGGCCACAACUAACAGCUAAUUCAACCUAGACCCACUCUUUAAUUCAUAACCAGCUUCUGAAUCUUUCAAACAUCAUCUCCAUCUCAACUCCGGCUAGAGUUCAAUACCACCACUGCUUUACCACCAACACCACUGCAGAUCUAAUCCCUUCUCAUGACGAAAUGAAACAAAUACCCAUUAUAUUCACCACCAAAUCAAGACUAUAACCAACACCAAUUCCAUCUCAAUCGAACCCAAACUUCAAUUUCCACCAGCAAAACCUUUUCCCUUAAAUUCGAGCAUAACUCAAAUCUAAACCAAAUUAACAUUGAUUCAAGGUUGUUGUGUUCUUCUCUGUGAAUCUCAAACCCUAGUCUCCAUUUCUCCUCCUUGAUUCCCUUUGUUCGUCGGUAGCUUCAAACCUCAGUUCAGGAAACCCUAAACUAUCGAAAAAUCUCAUUAAUUUAUGGCAUCAAUAACUCCAAACCCUUACAACUCCCUUAAGCAGCAUCAACGAGAUCUAUCCUUCACUGAUUUUAAACACUUAUGAUUUCUUGAACAUCAGCAGCAUCUGCUGCUUCUCUCCUCUCAAUUUCAGGCGGAACAGAAUGAAAGAGAUGAAUAUGAGAUCUCUCACUCGAUUUAGAUUCAGUGUAGGGUUUAAUGGUAAUUUGACUAAUUUAUUUUGACUAGGUAAACGACUGUGGACUCAAUAUGCGUGCCCAAGGGGUGAAAGUAAACGGGAGAUAUGGAUGCUAAGGCAUCAUGGAAAAGCCAUGUUUUGGUUCUUCCGUUUCCUGUCCAAAGCCAUAUAAAUCCAAUGAUUCAAUUCUCCAAGUGUUUAGCAUCAAAAGGACUCAGAGUUACACUAGCUACAACCUUCUUGCUCAGCACAUCCAUGCACGCCGAAGCCGGUCCUGUUAGAAUUGAGUCGUUAUGCGAUGACAUCGUUGAAGGUGGUGGAAUCGCAAAAGAAACUGAAAGCCAUGGUGAUCGGAUGAAAAGAUACAAAGAAGUUGGUGCAGAAGACUUGCAAAAGCUAAUUGAGAAACAAAGUAGAUUUGGAUAUCCAGUUAAGUGUCUGUUAUAUGAUUCUGUUAUUCCAUGGGCUUCAAAUGUAGCGAAAGAACUCGGAUUAGUUGGAGCUUCAUUUUAUACUCAAUCAUGUUCUGUUAAUGCAAUCUAUUACACUAUAUACAAGGGAUUAAUUCCUGCACCAAUUGAAGAGCCAAUAACGGCCGUGCCCGGGCUACCACUAAUUGAAGCUGAAGAUAUGCCAUCAUUUGUCUACAAGAUUGAUUCGUAUCCGCAUAUACUCAAUAUGGUUUUGAAUCAAUUUGCGAAUAUGGAUGACGCUGAUUGGCAUUUUCUCAACACUUUUGACAAAUUGGAGGAUGAGGUAGUGAAUUGGCUGGCAAAACAAUCACCAACGAGAGUACUGGCUAUCGGCCCAACUAUACCAUCCAUGUACCUAGACAACAGCAUGGAAAGUAACAACAGUUACGGAUUUGAUCUCUUUACACAGGACUCCAACACUUACAUGAAGUGGCUAGACACGAAAGAAGUGGCGUCAGUUGUUUACGUUUCAUUCGGAAGUUUGGCUUCACUAAGUGAAGAUCAGAUGGAAGAAAUCUGUUGGGCACUGCUGAAUUGCAAAUACAAUUUCUUAUGGGUAGUCAGGGAACUGGAGGAAGAAAAGCUCCCUGCGAACUUCGUCGAGGAGACUUUGGGAAUGGGUUUGGUGGUUAAAUGGUGUCGACAAUUGCAAGUGCUGGCACACAAAUCUAUCGGAUGUUUUGUAACACAUGCUGGAUGGAAUUCUACAUUAGAGGGAUUGAGUUCAGGUGUGCCAAUGGUGGCAGUGCAACAAUCUGCGGAUCAACCGACAAAUGCCAAGUUCAUCGAGGAUGUGUGGAUAGUAGGAGUCAGAGCUAAAGGGGGCGAGAAUGGUAUUGUUGUGAGAUAUAAACUAGAGAACUGUAUUAGAGAAGUUAUGGAAGGAGAUCGAAAGGAAGAAAUGAAGAGAAAUGCUGUGAAAUGGAAGGAGUUGGCUAAAGAGGCGGUUGAUGAAGAUGGAAGCUCUUAUAACAACAUUGAAGAGUUUGUAACUAGUAUGCUUUGCAUCUCAGAAAAAAGAAGUUUAUAUUAUAUAAUUAAUUCCUGUUUUUUGGGUAUCCAGUUUCCAAACUCGUUGCCGCAAAAUUCUUUAUCGAUCAAACAAAAUAAAUGA